AUGGCGUCGUCGAAGAAGACGUCGUAUUUCCUCGCGCAGAGGCACGGGCACUCGGAGGUGGUGGCGUUUUUAGACGAGCUCGAGCGACGCGAGGAAGCCGCCGCGGCCGCGGACGGCGGGAGGGAAGGCGACGCGUUCAAGACGCCGCCGGCGAGGAAGAAGGGCGCGAACGCGAACGCGAACGCGGCGGGGACGCCGUUCAGGCGCGUUCUAUACACUGGUCCCCAUACGACCGCGUUGGCGAUGUGGACGCCGAUCCUUAAGGACUUUGCCCGUCGCAUCUCUCCGCCCACCCCUCCCUUUCAAUACCCGCCCUCGGCGCCUUUCAACGCCAACUGA